AUGAGCGACGACACUGAAUGGAGUGAAGAUAUACUAAAUAGGCUUAAUGUGAGAGAUCAGUACGAAAAGAAAGAUUCGAGAUAUUUCAAAGCAUUCAGCCAAUUAAGCCAGGAAGCAAGGACGAAUGAUCAAGCCAGUAAUAAUGAUAAGAGUAUAGAAUAUAACAAGCUACUAAAGGAGAAUAACCAGUUGAAGAAAGAUAACGAGAUUUUAACGACUAGUCUAAAUCAAACUACAAUAUCCUUGGAGAAAUCAGAUUUGAAGAUUAAUCAAUUGCUUAAAUCACAAGAUCAGUUAGAGAGACAUAAUACGAGUUUAAAUAAUAAAAUUAAGCAUUUGAAUUUAGAAAUAAUAGAGAAAAACAAGUCAGUGGAGAUCCUAAAUGAUGAGCUAUUGUUGAAUGAAAUUCAGACCAACGUUUUGAACGAUAAGAUUACUAGGCUUAGUGAUGAAAAUAAAAAACUAGUUGAAAGGUGGAUUGAGAAAGCUAAGAGUGAUGCAGAAAAGUUGAACGAUGCUAACGAAUUUCUAGAAAGUGUUAAUAGGAAAUAA